GGCGCCCCCUCCCGAUACCUUCGCACCGCCAUCGCCAUUAAUACUCCAGUAAUUCUGUUUUCGCCUUCGACUCGUCCACUCGACCCGGCAUCUAGUCACGUGCAUUAAAACGACCAUCCGCAAACAUCACCCGUACAGAAUGGCCGACGAAUACUUUUACGCGCUGACGCUGAAGGGCAAACAGAGCAGCGAAGUAUGGGACCCGGAGGCGAAGGGCGACUCGGACUUCCAGGGCGGGCACAAGCUGAUCAUCAAACAAGCGGUCCUGGGACCCGAGGCCACCGAAGGUGAAGUUAAUGUGAUCCAGGUAGAAGCAAUGACAUGGAAGGAUUCUGUGAAGAUCCCAGUGGCGACGCUGAAGGCCGGCGGUCCUAACAACCAAGUAUUAUUAGAUUUAGCAUUCCCCGAUCCGCCGGUCACGUUUACCCUGGUCCAGGGUAACGGACCCGUUCACAUUAUCGGCCACCAUUUGAUCGGUGGUUCGAUCGAGGAAAUCGACGAGUUCGAAGACAUGGAAGAGGAAAUGAUUGAGGAUGAAGAAGGAGAAGAAGGCGCUGAGGAGGAUGAAGAAGAUGAAGAACCAAAAUCCAAGAAAGCAAAGACGACAAAUAACUCUGCAAAGGGCAAGGCUCCAGUGAAAAACAAUAAAUCUAAAAAAAGGAGACACGGGAAGUCGAGAUGUGCCUCUUGGAAAAAUUGAAUUUCGAAAACAAAACAUGCGGAAUGCUACGACGUAGGUACUACCAAAAACGUUCACGCCCAUUGAAUUAUACUACGGAUAGUUGUUGAUAAGGAAUUUGAAGAUGUCGUUAAUCGUUAAUACUUUUGAUAAUGUCAUAUUUUACGUUUGUCAAAAGAACUUUUUUGAAUAAAUAGUAAUAAUUUAGAACCUUCUUCGAUUCUUUAAGAAAGAAAUGGAAGAGCUUAAUAGUUCGACUAACAAACGAUAUGAAGGAAUAAAAAAUAAAAUAAAAUUUCAAUAUUUAUAACGAUCACGACAGAUUUGCAAAAACGUUAUACAAUUUGUUUUAAUAUACAACAUAAAUAUUAUUAUUUUAAUAACAAUAGCAUAAUACAAGAAAAAGAUUCAAUAAUAUUCGGAAUAAUCAUUUAAUUGGAUGUCUGUGACGUUGAAAACAAUAAAAUAUAGAUAACAAAGAGUUUAUAUAUAACACUAAAAAGUUAUGUGACUCUAAUUUAUGGGUGGUUUUGUGGAGUCAACAUGAAAAUAUUAUUCCUCUUCACAUUUUUCGUCCUCAUUAUCGGUCAAACAUCGGCCAACGAAUUGAAAGAAUGGUUGGCCCGUGUCAUGGUUAGAAACCAAAUUCAAUUUUUACAAAUAGGUCUUAAAAGACCGAAUAUGAAUCCGUUAUGUAUCCAAAGUAUGGAACAUUUAGCAGUAGUGGCAAAGGAAGCUGAGAAGUGUGUUUUGGAAUUGUUGAAUUUCGAAACGAACACAAUUUGCGGAAUUGCGAAGGCCCACUAUCAAAAAUGUUCAGAGCCAUUGAUAAAUACCACGGUGAGUUGUGUGGAUGAAGUGUAUAAAGAUGUCCCUUCAUUCCUCGUCAAUACAGUUGAUAAUCUCAUCACCUAUGUUUGUAAAUCCAAAUGGAAACAUUUUUUUGAGCUGAUGAAUCCAUGUUUUUGGAGAAAGGGAGAUGAAAGUCUCAAGACGUGUGAAAAAUUAGUAAACGAUAAAAUGGACAAAAUGGGCAAGUGGGCACAUAACGACGAAAAUCAGUCUUUAACAGUUUCAGAAAUUUGUGGCUUUUUCGAUUCGGUGAAUGACUGCUUUUAUAACCAUUUACGAGGAGGUUGUAAAAACACUGUGACUUUAGAAGCUUUUGGAGGAUUGUAUGAAGCUUUAAGCAAAGAAUGCAAGAACUCGAAGUCUCCACUAACAAACGAUUUGUAGAAUUAUUUAUUUACAUUAUUUGUGACAAAUAAAAUGAAAUAUUAAAUGUA